AUGGAUUAUUGGUUUGAACAAGUUGAUUAUAAUCAAUUAACAAAUUUUAUAAAAGAAUUUUCAUCAUCAUUUAGAUGUUUAUCACUUGAUUGGAGUGAUAUAAGAUAUCAAAAGACAUACAACUUUCCAUUGAAUCCCAUAAAACUUAAAGAAGUUUUAGAAGUAAUAAUAAAUCUUCAGAAAUUUCAUCUUUUUAUUUAUAUAUCUGGUAAUACAGAUGAUAACGAUGUAAUUUUAUCGAAAUUUAGUGAUCCAUUUUGGUCGGAUCAUAAUUUAUCAUUUGGAAUGGAUGGAGAUUUUUUCUUUAGAUUACCAUUUCAAUUUGAUAAUUUUCCAAAUAUUUACAGAGCUUAUAAUGAUAUUAAAUCAGACACUCCUGAACUUUUAAUAUCUAUGUCUCGACUAUGGUAUUCGGUUAAAAUGACUUGUCUAUCAUAUGAAUCGAAAGGUGAUUUCGAUUUUCUAAAAGAACUUCAAAGAAAACUGCCGAAAUAA